AUGGAUAAAUUAGAUCAAAGAACAUGCUCAAAAUGUGAAUGUUAUUUUCCAUCAAAAGGUGCAACAACAGCUCAUGGUAAAAUUCAUUCUAAAAAACGAAUUCUACGUCCAGAAUCAUCACCCAAAACGGACUCAGACAAUGAAUUAAUUACAUCUCCAGAAGUGUCAGAGGUUGAAUCAGAAACAGAAAAUUUAGGAACAAAUCAACAUGACAAUUCAGUGGAAUAUGAAUAUGUUGUUGAAUUAAUUUCAAAUUAUGAACAGUGA